AUGUGGAACUUCGAUGGUUCCUCGACAGGUCAGGCUCGAUCCGGCCAGGAUUCCGACACAUACCUGAAGCCUGUGGCGCAUUAUCCGGAUCCAUUCCUUGGUGGUCAUAAUAAGCUGGUUAUGUGCGAGACCUUCGAUAACGCAAUGAAACCUACUGGCACAAAUCAUCGCAAUAAAUGCAAUGAAAUAAUGGAGAAAUGCAAGGACGAAAAAAUAUGGCUUGGCAUGGAGCAGGAAUAUCUGCUUCUUGACAGGUGA